AAAAAACACAUGCUAGUGCACUCACCAAAACAACAAACAUUUAGAUUUAAGAAAGAAAAAGAAGAAAUGCAAGAAAAAAAGAGAGAACGAAAACGACAUCGUUGCACUCGUCCCCAAAGUGUGAGGGAGAAAUUAGAGUAGCGUUGUAAAUUGUAAUCGUAUGAACAAAGAUCCACCAUCUCCCGCAGAGUAAUACUUUUUACAGAGAUCAUCAAAUCCAACAUCCAUUCCCGCUUUCCUAAUAAACCGCACACGUAACCCUAAAUCAUCAAUUAUUAUUCUAAUUAACACGAUUUUCUCCGUUAAUCUUCAAUUUCUAUCCAUUUUCAAUGAUUCAUUUUUCGGUGAAACUUGUUAAAUCAAGUUCGAGCUCAACCAUUUGAAUAACCAUGAUCUGAAUUUCUGGAUCAUACGUCUUCGUUAAGGUUCUCAGAUGGCGUGGUUUAAUGCGAAAAAUGCUUGGGGGAACUUCCCUGAUUUGGCGGGAGCGGUGAAUAAGCUUCAGGAGAGUGUGAAGAGUAUUGAGAAGAAUUUCGAUAAUGCUCUUGGUUUUGAAGAGAAAGGAGAGGAGUCCAGCAAUGAAGCUUCAGGAUCAUGGCCUAUACCUACCGAGGGGAAGGCACUCUUUAAUCCUGUCUUAGCUUUUAUGGGGAAUAAAAGUGAGGAGGAUAGUGAAAAAACAUCUGAAAAUGUUGAAUCCUCUCGACAAGAUUCCGAACCUGAGAAGUCAGUGGAAAAACCUGAGUCUGUGGAUUAUAUUCCUGUGGCCGAGGGAAAAGAAGCCUUUGACACUGAUAAAAGAGACACUGUGGAAGCUGAAGAAACCUCCAUUAAAAGAGACACCGUGGAAGCUGAAGAAACCUCCAUUAAAAGAGACAAUGUGGAAGCUGAAGAAACCUCCAUUAAAAGAGACAACGUGGAAGUUGAAGAAACCACCAUUCCAGAGGAAAAUAAAGUGCACGAGGCAGAAGAAGAUGGUGAGCAUAUAGAGUCAGCGGAUGGAACAACUGUACAAGUUUUGGACCACGGAAAGGACGAACACCAGUUACCGGAAAUGCUUAUUGAAUUGCCUGAGUCUCCCAUUCCAAAGUCCGAGAAUUCGGAUUCUAUUAGCAAUCCUCAAGAGAAAGAGAUUGAUGAAGUGGGAGCCUUGGAAAGUUCAGUGAUGAUGCAACCCAUGGUUUCUAAUCGUGGAGAUGAUGUAGUUGAGGGUGGUACUAGUGACCCUGGCGAGUCUCAUGCUACUAGUGGUAUGCAUGAGACUAUUGAAGUCGAGGCAGAAGAGGAGAAUAAAGAAGAGACGGUACAAUCAGAGGAAAGUGUAGAGAGAAUUUCUUCUGUUCAACCUGAGACAUCAGACAAUACUGAGCAAAGAGAUGAUACAGACACUUCUGUUCUACAUUCCGUGGCUUCUGAAGACACCAACAGCAUCAAUAAAUUGUACAAUGAACACCCGUCCAGUGCUUCUCCAAAUGAAUCGUCUGAGGUUGGAUCUGAUUUGGUUUCACAUGACAAUGAAACAACUGUUAAAGAAAAUGAAAGGGGUUAUCUUGCCAAUAAUAUUGAAACUGACAUAAAAGAGCAACAUUUGAGCCCUGUAAAAAAUAUGCCUGACACAGAUUCCAUGAUUGAGCUGGAGAAGGUGAAAAGGGAGAUGAAAAUGAUGGAGGCAGCACUACUAGGUGCUGCAAGACAAGCUCAGGCUAAAGCUGAUGAAAUAGCAAAAUUGAUGAAUGAGAAUGAACAAUUCAAAGCUUUGAUUGAAGAUUUAAAGAGAAAGUCCAAUGACGCUGAAGUUGAAUCUUUGCGAGAGGAAUACCAUCAGAGGGUUUCGACUCUUGAGAGAAAGGUUUAUGCUCUCACCAAGGAAAGGGAUACACUUCGACGAGAGCAGAAUAAAAAAAGUGACGCAGCUGCUCUAUUAAAGGAAAAGGAUGAAAUAAUUAAUCAAGUUAUGGCAGAAGGUGAAGAGCUUUCCAAAAAGCAGGCCAUUCAAGAAUCUACAAUGAGGAAACUUAGGGCUCAGAUUAGAGAUCUUGAGGAGGAGAAAAAAGGUUUGACUACUAAGCUUCAGGUAGAGGAGAGUAAGGUAGAAAGUAUCAAGAGGGACAAGACAGCUACAGAGAAGUUGUUGCAAGAAACUAUAGAAAAACAUCAAAAUGAAAUUGCAGUGCAGAAAGAGUAUUACACUAAUGCUUUGGCUGCUGCUAAGGAGGCUGAAGCAUUUGCAGAGGCUCGAGCCAACAAUGAAGCAAGAACUGAGCUAGAGAGUCGUCUAAGAGAAGCCGAGGAACGGGAAUCUAUGCUAGUCCAGGCACUCGAAGAGCUGAGACAAACAUUAAGUAGAAAGGAACAACAGGCUGUCUUCAAAGAAGACAUGCUUUGUAAAGACAUAGAGGAUCUUCAAAAACGUUAUCAGGCAAGUGAAAGACGGUGUGAAGAACUGAUUACUCAAGUGCCAGAAUCUACAAGGCCGCUUUUAAGGCAAAUUGAAGCCAUGCAGGAAACAAAUGCCAGAAGAGCUGAAGCUUGGGCUGCUGUUGAAAGAAGUCUUAACUCUCGACUUCAGGAAGCCGAGGCUAAAGUUGCAACUGCUGAGGAAAAGGAGCGAUCUAUGAAUGAUCGCCUGUCUCAAACCCUAUCUCGAAUUAAUGUUCUCGAGGCUCAGAUUUCAUGUCUUAGGGCUGAACAAACUCAAUUAAGUAGGACCCUGGAAAAGGAGAGACAAAGGGCAGCUGAAAGUAGGCAGGAAUAUCUUGCGGCAAAGGAGGAAGCUGACACUCAAGAAGGUCGUGCGAGACAGCUUGAGGAAGAGAUUAGAGACCUAAGACAGAAACACAAGCAUGAGUUGCAUGAGGCGUUGAUGCAGAGGGAGGUUCUUCAGCAGGAAAUAGAAAAAGAAAAGGCCACCCGAUCAGAUCUGGAGAGGACUGUUCGCGUUAAUUCUGUUCCAUCAUCAGAUCAAACUCCCAAAACAAAGCAUAACUCUCCUUUUGAGAAUGGGAAUCUGGCCCGAAAUAUCUCUAGUGCAAGCUCUAUGGGAAGCUUGGAAGAAAGCUAUUUUCUUCAAGCAUCACUGGAUUCAUCUGACAGUUUUUCUGAACGGAGAAACCCGGGAGAACUAAGCAUGAGUCCUUACUAUAUGAAGAGCAUGACACCCAGUUCUUUUGAGGCUGCACUUCGUCAGAAAGAGGGUGAACUUGCUUCAUAUAUGUCACGCCUGGCAUCAUUGGAAUCUAUUCGGGACUCUCUUGCUGAAGAGUUGGUCAAAUUGACAGCACAGUGUGAAAAGCUGCGUGGAGAGGUUGCUGUGCUCCCUGGCUUAAAAUCAGAGCUAGAAGCACUGAGGAGGAGGCACUCUGCUGCUUUGGAGUUGAUGGGUGAACGUGAUGAAGAGCUGGAAGAACUUCGUGCCGAUAUUGUCGAUUUAAAGGAAAUGUACAGAGAACAAGUCAACCUACUUGUGAAUAAGAUCCAGAUAAUGGGUACUAACACCUAAUUUAGCCGAAGGGGCUGAGGGAACGGAAAGGUUAGUGGCGUCUUGCAACCAUUUUGUGAUGGCCAUGUAUCUAAGCUGUGUCUGAUGUCAAUUGGCACAGUAACAGUUCAUUGGAGAUUAGAGACAUUAGUCUCAUGUCUUCAAGAAGGAUUUGUACUUUGUUUGUCUGAGCAAAAUAUAUAUUGAUAGUCUCCAUUGCUAAAUAUGAUUUGUAUUUAUGACUUGGGGAAUGUUGUAUAGAGAAUCCUCUUGCUGAGAUAUAGGGAUUGUUUCGUGUGCGUGAUGAUGAUACAGGUAAACAAAAAAUAUAUAUAUUCCUUUGAACC